AUGGGCGGGGGAAGUAAGGGUAUCGAUCCCCGCCUUUCAGGAUUAUACAGUGGAACGCAUCUUGCGCCACUGCAACGGGCCAGUGUCUACAACUGCCCAGGCAAUCAACCUCAGCCCACUGGCUAUCCCGUUUCGGAUUAUCCCGUUUCCUCGGAUUAUCCCGUUACCUCGGAUGAGCCCCUGCCUACUGGCUACCCAACCGGAGAGCCCGAGCCCACUGACACUGGCUACCCAACUGAGACCCCAAGCGCUUCGCCAACUGGUGAUGAGUAUCCCACUGGCGGAUAUCCCACCGGCGCUUACCCAACUGAGACCGAGUCCAGCGCUUAUCCCACUGAGGUCGAGCCAACUGGCGGCGAAUAUCCCACUGGCGGAUAUCCCACUGGCGCUAACCCAACUGACUCUUACCCCACUGGUGGCGAGUCGAGCGUUUACCCAACUGGCGCUCAGCCAACCACCUCCACCAUUACCUACACCACCUGCAUCCCAACUGUGACCUCCUCCACCACUGUCAUCUACCCAACUGAGAACACUGUUCCCACCUACUCAGCUGGCUCUGAGGGUCUUCCCCAGCCAACCGGUGGCUACCCAACCAACCCUACCCCUCCCCCUUACCAGGAGGGUGCUGCCAGCUCCGUUGGAACCAACUUCGCCGUCGCCGGUCUCGCUGCUGUCGCUGCUCUCUUCCUUGCAUAG